AUGUUACUCGAUGAGACUGAUUUAUCCAUAAAUUUAUCGAAAAAAGCUAGUGCUGGCGAUCUUUAUGAGCAAGUGUUUUAUUCAUUAGAUUUAAUAGAAAAGGAUUACUUUGGCUUGCAAUUCACUGAUACAAAUAAUGUGAAACAUUGGUUGGAUCCCACAAAAACGAUUAAAAAACAAGUUAAAAUUGGUCCACCUUAUACCUUAAGACUUAAGGUAAAAUUUUAUUCAUCUGAACCAAACAACUUAAGAGAAGAAUUGACUAGGUAUCAGUUCUUUUUACAAUUGAAAAGAGAUAUAUUAGAGAGUAAGCUAGAAUGCCCACAUUCAACAGCUGUGGAGUUAGCAGCGCUAGCUUUACAAUCGGAAUUGGGUGAUUUUGACGAGUCAAUACACACACCAGCAACCGUGUCGGAGUUCCGAUUUGUACCAAAUCAAACAGAAGAAAUGGAAAUAGAAAUACUUGAAGAAUAUAAAAAAUAUAAAGGUCUCACUCCUGCUCAAGCUGAAGUAAAUUAUUUAAACAAAGCAAAGUGGCUGGAAAUGUAUGGUGUUGAUAUGCACAUUGUAUUAGGCAAAGAUGGGUGUGAAUAUCAUUUAGGGUUAACGCCCACAGGAAUACUUGUAUUUGAAGGACCACAGAAAAUUGGCUUAUUUUUCUGGCCUAAAAUAAGCAAAUUAGAUUUUAAAAAGAAAAAACUGACUUUAGUUGUCGUCGAAGAUGACGAUCAAGGUCGUGAACAAGAACAUACUUUCGUAUUUCGCUUACACAAUGAAAAAGCCUGUAAACAUCUUUGGAAAUGUGCUGUAGAACAUCACACUUUCUUCCGCUUACGAGCCCCAGUCAAAGGUCCAUCUGCAAGGCAAAACUUCUUUAGGAUGGGAUCUAGAUUUCAAUAUUCCGGAAAAACAGAAUAUCAAACAACGCAACAAAAUCGCGCACGACGCACAGUUCAGUUCGAACGACGACCGAGUCAACGUUUUGCCCGAAGGCAGAGUCACGUGCUUAGAGAAAGAGAAAAACAAAGUACAGUAGUAGCAAAACCCGAAACUCCACAACCUGAACCCAGUACGUCAGCGGAGGCUACCGCAUCGGCCGUUGAAACUGGUCUUGACACUUUGUCUAGGAAGAGUAGCGCGAAAUCUCAAAAGUCUACUUUGAUGGAACCUGAUAAGACAAUCGAAGUAAGCGAAUCUUCAUCUAAAAAACUUGUCAAUGAUGAGACUCUAGAAGAGGCCACGAUAUCGAAGGAAGACGCGAUCAGCAAUAAAUUUCUUUUUAAAGCAGACAAAGCUGAAGACAAGAAAAAUAAUUUGACUCAGCUUGUGAUUAACAAGCCACCUUGCAACUGUUCACCUGUAGCAGAGUUUAAUCCACUGAACGAUCUUUUGAUGAGUUUAGUCAAAGAAAAAUUGAACAAUGAUGAUUCUAAAAAUGAAGUGAAAAAAGACCAAUUGGAUACCGUUGACAACGAAUUGCCAAACAAUCAGACUAAAUGCUAUUUACUUUCGAAUAAAAAUUUGCCUCCAGGACAGCUUAAAUGUAAUAACAUCCUUAAAGCGAGAGAAAACGAAGUCAAAAUUAUUAACGAAUCAUCGAAUAUAAACUUGUCUAUACCAUCUACUCCUUCACCUAAAAUAAUAAACGAAACAAAUUCUAAUAAUUCUCAGUAUGUUUCUAUUGUUGUUGUUGAACCGCCGCGUUCCCAGACAAAAUUGGCUUCACCGAAACCAGUCGAGAGGAAGGAAGAAAUAAUACCUAAACCUCAACCGAUUUCAUCUCUCUCACCGUGGUUGGUCAGUUCUGAGCCAAGUUCUCCUUCUGGAAUAGGAGAAAAAGAAAUAACGAUAAUCCAUCGUAAAUCUGUAAUCACAACUCAACUA